UCCCUCUUGCCCCCCUCCCCUUUUCCUCUCUUCUUCAAAUCUAGCUCUCUUAUUGCCCAAUCUACUAUUGUUCCUUUCCUCCUAUCGCCAUCUGCCUUUUCACCCUAAACCCGCCCCACAGGGCAACCUCAACUUCUUCCUUUUUUUCUUCCUCUCUCAAUUACAUGGUUCGACAGAAAUCCAGAAGCCGGACAGAAUAUAACGAAAAAGGCACCCAACCUUAUCAUUAGACUGGAAGGAAGGAAGACCGGAACACGAAAAGCAGCAUUGAAUUUUGCUGGGUCUUUCUCUUCCUACCGGUCUAUCUUUCGGUCACCCGUACUUCGUUUCCACCUCUCCCCCCCCCCUCCUCCUCCGUCGCCGCCGCCUCCUCUUCUUCCUAUUCUCUUUUCCUCUGGACUUACUGCGCGAGAUGAGCAGCAGCCUCGCCGAUAUUCCCUCCAGGAACUCCCUUCUUGCUGCCCCUUCUGCUAUUGCUGCCACCGAUGCGCCGGGCAAAGUCCGAAAGAUCCCUGUCCUCUCCUCCUCCGUCGUUCCAACAUCCUUCCAAUCGAACGGUGAUCCCAUGGAUGUCACACCUCCAGCCCCGGGCCCUGCGCCCCCCAUCCACAGCAGCCCGGAUAGCGAUCGAACGGGCACGAACCUCAACAUCACUACCACGACAGCUCCUAACAGCUCGGCCGACUCACAGGGUGUGAAUCACCAUCACCUAGGCCCUAAUCAGGCAAUCGGUGCCGCGGCCGCCGCGCAGCAGCCAAAGGUCGUUCAAACAGCCUUUAUCCACAAGCUUUACAAUAUGCUCGAAGAUCCUAGCAUUCAGCACCUAAUAUCGUGGUCCAAUACCAAUGAUAGCUUCGUUAUGUCGCCCACCUCCGAAUUCUCCAAAGUACUCGCCCAGUACUUCAAGCACACCAAUAUAUCCUCAUUCGUCCGGCAAUUGAAUAUGUAUGGAUUUCACAAAGUGAGCGAUGUCUUUCAUACUGGGUCUCCGGAUUCUGCUCUCUGGGAGUUCAAGCACGGAAAUGGCAACUUCAAGCGUGGCGAUCUUGUCGGGUUGCGUGAAAUUAAGCGACGCGCAUCCCGCCAUGCGUUGAUCCAUCGCGAUUCUUUUCCAGGCCACAAGGCUGCCUCGCAACCGGGCACGCCAGCUGAGCCUGUCCCGGAUGCCACUGAAGCACGCUUGAUGAACCUGGAACAUUCAAUGUUCGAUAUGCAUGCCCGUCUCACGCGCGCCGAAGAAGGGAACGUGGCGCUCAAUGCGCGAUGCCAAUCGAUGGCGGAGAGUUUGAUCCGUUGUUAUCAUUGGACACAUUCGAUUUCUCGAUUCCUUCAAGGGAUGAUUCCUGAUCGCGAAAGCAUCUUGUAUCGUGAUGUGACCGGCAUGCAAGCCGAACUAGAGAAACAUUUAGAUGCCGUGCGGUCUCUCGAGCACUCUCAGGAUCCUUACCUAUCAGUCCGCCAGCCGUACGUUGCCAAUAUCUCCAUCGAACCCGGCCCGCCGUUGUCCCCGCGUCAAAUCCCUCAGGAGGAUGGACGUCGUCCUUCGAUGAUGGAGAACCCGUCUCGGCCCACCAUGAUCCGUCCUCCUGUUCCCCCACAUUUGGCUGCAUCCCCCCGUCGCUUUGGUUCAAUUGGGACUGGGCAUUCCUCCCCGAACUACAGCCGCCCCCAGGUGCCGGCUGUGGUCACCCCACAACAGCCUGUGCCUCAUCCCCUAUCUUCGGUCUCGUCUCCUCCAGGCCCCAACCUCACUCGUCGCCAUACUUCAGCCGAUAUCAGACAGCAUGGCUGGCCGCCACCGGGAGUGUCGCCAUUCCCAUCAACUCAUUUGCCCACCCAUGCGGCGAAUCCCUGGUCGCCGUCGCGACACCGAACUCCGACCUCAAGUGAGCAGCAAGUACGCGAUGUGUUGGCACAAUACGAAAUGGGCGCCCCACGGCGCCUACAGGAAAGCAAUCGUCAUGCGACUCCUCCCUUACACCCUGAUCAGACUGUUCCCGCCGAUAAUGGGUGGCCCCUAGGUCCCAGGUUCCCUCGCCACGAAAUAUCCCUUCCCGCAACACGGCGCUCCAGCAUGGCAAGCAAUGUUCAUUCACUUCUUAACCCCGCCGAUACGGCUGAGCGACCGGACGAAGACCAACAUGCGUUGGCGGACGAUCGGAAGCGGAAGCGGCUCGAGUAGACCACGGGACGCGCAAAGUUUCGGUUUUGUCUCAAGCAGCGCUCUCAGGCAGCUUCUCGCAUAGUACGCGACUGCAGCGAAUUCGAUUUCUCGAUACAGUCUCCCUAAUUUCUCUCUGGGUGUGGCGCAGACGCUUGGAAAGAAAAAUCGAUU